AACAAACGAAAAAUCAAUCUUGUUACUUAAUAAUCAAUCAGCUUUCAUAAUGUAAAAUUACAAUUCAUAUUAUUUAAUUAAAGUAACUUGUAAAAAAAUUUAACACCAAAUCACUAAUAUUAUAUUAUGAAUAUCAAAGCAUUAAAAAAAAGAGACUUAUAGAUAAUAACUACAUUUAUUUAAUAUAAAAGUAUUCCAAAGUAAAUUUUGUAAAGGUUCUUAUGUAAUAUCUACCUAUUGUUAAUAAAUAACAUAAAACAAAUGUUUAAAUGUUUUUUCAUAAGGAAAAAUAGUAUUAUUCAUAAAUUAUAAUUAACUCAUGUGAUUAAAUGUUAUACUACAUAUUAACUUUAAAACAAAUUUAUGAUUGUUAAAACAAUGAUGCAUACUAUUUAAUACAUGAUUAUAUUGUUGUUACAUUCAACGAUGAAUUUAGUCUUUCUUCCAAGAACAGUAUGAAAAUCUUUGUAUGUUUUUCUUAAAUCAUGUUCAUAUUUUAUCUAUUUUAUCGAACCGAGCGUAACGAAAAAUUUGAUUAUGCUUAAAAUAAAUAUAACCGUUAUGUAGACCUAUUUAGCAUCAAAUUAUAUCAAACAAAUUAUAUUUAAGUACAGAAAUUCACCUGUAAAUACUAAUGUAUUUUAUACAAAACGAUACGAUUCCCGUUAAAAAUCUUGGAGAUAACUUGCCAGCACAAGAACCAAAAUUAUCUACUUUGGGGCCAUCAGUAUUGAGUACGGAUCAAAAAAUGUAUCCUGAAACAUCAUGUGAAUAUAGAAAUACAAAUCAUAAUUUAGGAAAACGUGUGUAUGGUAGAGCCAGAGCUUCAUUAAAUUAUAGCUCUUUUUAUAUAUUUUGUGAAGAUUUUCGCAAACAAGUCGAUUUUUUAUAUUCAAAUAAAACAGAAAUAUAUCGAAAAAACUUGCUUAACUAUAUGUGGAAACAUUUAAAUCCUAAAGAUAAACACAAGUAUUACGAAACUGCUACAAAAGCUCGCUCAAUGUAUGUAUUACCAGAAAACCCUUUUCCACAAGAGAAUGAUCAAACUAUCCAUUCAAUACAAUCGGCUGAGUGCACUCAAACAGACGCAACAAAACAACAGAAUAAACCCAGUGGUUCAGCAGUAAUUGGGAAAUUGGUCACUAUAAAAUUUUCAAAAUCAUGCAACAAACCAAUUAUUACACCUUUGAGAGACAAUUCCGGGAAAUCGUCGUCCAACUGCAUAAAUCAAUCGUUUGAAGAGUGUGAAAAAGAACCGGGGGAAGAACAAGCCGUAGAAGGACAGAAAAGGCAACAAGACGAAGUUUACGGUGUUGCUGAACAAGCAUUGUGGAAAGAAAAUAACGGUGAGGUAUCGCAACACCAGGAUCACUGUGCGCAAUACCUACAGUCGAUUGUCGAUCACGGUGACGGUCCGGACGACCGCAAGCUCGUCCCCGAGCAACGCGGUCGACGACGGAGGAAUCGGGAAAAGAGCCGUAUAAGCUAUUGGAACCAAUCAUACAACCCGGUGGCCUACUCGUCACCAUACGCCUCCAACAGCUGCCGCAGACCUAAACCGUCAACUGAAACCGGGUUCCUAGAUCUUGGCGGCGGCCCACAAACGUCUAACAUGCUUCAACAAUAUCAGCAGCAACCAGAUUAUACGCCAUACGGUGGCAUGGGAGGUUAUAGCACUCAACAAAACUCUGGAUACUUUAACUACUCAAGUUCCGAAGCAUCGUGGUUCAGUCCAUCGUCGGCUAGCGAUCAUUCCCAAAUGCAUGGUGGUUUAUCUCAUAACUCUUGCAAUAUAAAUGACAAUGCCGGAAAUUACUUAAGCCAUGGCUAUAACCAUUCCCCGACGGGAGGAACAGGGACGUCUUCAGUUGAUUCCUACGCUUCCAAUAGCGGUCAUACAACAACAACUCAGCAGUCCGAAAUAGAUCCUAUGGCCGAAUUUUUAAGCCACCCGGUUAUGAAUGAAUCUGACAAGAUCAAAGAUGAGUCCAUUGACUGGCUCUCGACCAUAAUAAACGACGACGGUUCCGACCAAGGAGCAGAAGAUAUUAAACUAUCUGUGUGCGAGUUACCCGUGUCAACAACAAAAGGCCAAGAAUCUAACGGUCGAUUACCAAAUUUUCAUCAAGCUUUCGGAUCAACGGAAAUCGGUAGAUUUUCGCAGCAUGAGUACUAUGAACCCCCUAAAGAAUCGACGCCAAUUGUCAAUGAAUGUAGUUCUUCGCAACCAGUUACUUCUCAGCAACCUGGUGAAUCAGUUACUCCGCAACCACUCAUGUCCUAUGAACCACCUAGGCAACCUAGUAGACGAGGUCGCGGUCAACGAGGAGGUGGUCAACACCGUCGAAAUAAAACCUCUCGGACAACGUCAGCUGCUGCAGCUGCGGCGGCAGCAGUAGCCACUCAGCAAUUUGUUGGCUAUGACAUGGCUGCCAGACACCAAUCGCCGUACCACCAUGACCCGUAUAGCAGAAGUCACCACCAACAACGUUACCAAGACCAACAUUAUCAUCAUCAGCAGCACCAGGCAGCCUACCAGAAUAAUCAUGACUACUAUAGACAACAACAACACCACCAGCAACAACAACAACAACAAUAUGAACGAAUGCAUCAUCAUUAUCAGUCAUCCGUGGCUGCCGUGUCCACUAACCAAUACUAUGGCCAGCGAGAUCAGUACGCGAACACCGGCUACAAUAGGUUUCAUUCGUGCUGUUCCUCUGAGCACAUAAGUCGGCCUAACCACCAUAGUUAUGGUGGUGGUGGAGGUGGUGGCGGUCCCGGACAGUAUUACAACGAGUACAACGCAUAUAACCAGUGGUCGUAAGCAAAGUCCCAUAAGACUUUUACCAGAGAACUUUGUUGAAUAGAUAUGUACAAACAUUUUAGUUUAUUAAUAAAUAUAAACAUCAAGAUAGAUUUAAAAAAGGCAUAAACUGUGAUAUAUAAACGGUGUAUAUUAAUAAUAAUUGAAAGUAAUUAUGAUGCAACGAUACAAAAUAAAAAAAUCAAAAUGUAUUCCCAACACAUUCACAAUGAGUCAAUUAAAGUAAAAAACAAAAAUUCCCGAUACUUUAUUUUUCUAGCGUGUUUAAACCGCUUGUAAAUACUUAGAUUGAAUUUAGACAAUUUUUAGAAAAUAAUUUUCACGACCAAAGUAUUUUUUUAUCUGUGUCAACGCCGUUUAAUAUUUCAAAUGGUGGCGAUUUGGAAAAGCCAAUUAGAUGACAGUGAACUGUUAAUAUCUCGUGGGUUAAACAUACAAUGGAUUGCGAUUGGAAAAAUAAAUGAACAUUUUCUCAAAUUACAUAUAAAUAACUAUUUCAAGAACACGAAACAUACUUUCGGAUCAUAAAUGUUAUUUUAUGUAUUGGUACCUGUACAAUUAAUUGUGUAGUGUUAAAUCGUUGUGCCUUAUUAAUUAACUAAAUUAUAAUUAAUAAUUAAAUAUAAAUUAUGCACCAUUAUAUAAAAAAACUAUUAGGAAUAAUAUAAUAAUUUUAAUAGGAACAAUAUUAUUAAUAGUCUAUGUAAAUUAUGAAGCAUAAAUGGCAAAGAGUUAAAGCCGUUUUUUUAUUUUGUUAUUUUCAUCAUGGUCCAACGGGUUGUCGUUUUAUUGUUGAUUUAAUUUUUAUUUUUAUCGAUUAAUAAUCUCGUAAUGUAGUCGUAGUAUUCGCUUUACGAUAAUUUAUUAUUGAAACUUGAGGUAAAUUUUUGUUUAUAAUUAACUUAUUGAUAAUAUAUAUAGGUAUUUAGUAAGUAAGGAAACAGAUUUCUAUUGUUCUCAUCGUUUAUAACAAUUUACUUUUUUCUUUACUUACUGAACAUCUGUAUACAGGGUGUUUAAUAAGUAAGGAAACUGGUCAGUUGUUAUUAAAAAUGAGAACAAUAGAAAUUCGUUCCCUUACUUACUGAACCUCUAUAUAUUAUUUUAUAAGGAAGUACAGCUGAUGAUCAAAUAUUUUUUAUCCUGUGGUAAUCGUUAUUCGUUGUUUUCCGGUUGUUUUGUGUAUUUAUUAUUAUUAUUGAUAUUUUAUUCCAGUAGUCUUCCUUUUGAAUUAAUGACAUAGUUGGUUUUGAUUGAGUUGUAUGAACAACGCGACGAUUCAACAGAGCUUCCCCGUGUUACCCCAGUAAUUUUAUUGCGUGAAGUUUAUAGAUAGACCAUCUUAUAUAUAUUUUAUGUGUGUUUUUUACACACAAAUAUCGGAUUUAUUUAUUGAAAAACUUCGGGCUCAACUCUGCGUACUCGGACCAAUAGUAGAAUUUAUUGUACAUUAAAUUAACAGAUAAAUAUAAAAUUAAUUAUUUAUAAAUUACAUUCAAUAUUUUAUUAUAUUCAUUUUACAUUUAAAAAUAACUAUUGUUAAAUUUGUAUCUUCUAUAUUUUUUUCACGCGUAAUAAUCGUUAUUAAUUACAUAAUACAACAUGAACCUGGUAGCCUUUUUAAGUUUAAUGUGUUUAAAAACAAACAAAAUCAAAUCAACCAUUGUACUGUUUUCUAAGGAAAAAAAUUAUUUUGUAAAUAUUUUUUUAAGUUUAGUCAAAAUGUAAACAUGAUAUGAUCCCAAGGCAAAAAAAAAAGUAAAGAAAAAAAUUCCAAAUGCAAAUAAAAUGUAACCAAGUGACGCACUUCUUGAGGGUGAACAGGUCGAAG